UGGACAGCGACUCCUUGUGCAUUCGCUGUUCGCACAAUCAGAGCCGAGCACGCGAGAAUCAAGGCGAUCCGACUCCUGCCAUUCUCGUCUCAUGUGCCUGUCCUUCGUCACAGCGCCCUUGAUAACUCCACUCCACUUCCUCUGCUAGCUUCAGCGUGGGUGGUGGUGGUGGUGGUAGUGGGCUGCACCGAGUCUUCAGUCGCCGUCUUCAGUCGCCAUCUCGGUGAUCUCGGCUCGGCCCGCCGUACCGACGUCAGUCGCGCAGUUAGUGUUCGUGACGGAUUCCGUCAGCUGCUGCGACACCUGUCGUCAGACUAACCAACGCGCAACCUUCAGCAACGUUCAGUCACCUUGAGCGACCUUCAUCAACCUUGAGCAACCUUUGAGCAAGAUCGGGAGCACAAGCUGAAACAGGGAAAUUCAGUCUUGGCUUUUCUUCCGCGAUAGUAACAGCUGCCCUGCUGCAUACCUGUCUUGCGGUUAUCGGAGCCCUGUGGUUCCCCCCUUUCAUCUCCUCUCUGCCGCUCUUUCCGCUCUCCCUCUCCGCGGUCCCUUGCGCCUUCGCCCGCGCGCGCGCGACCCGUGCGCCGCUGCCCUGUCCGUCCGCCCGAACGCGCUCUCCGCGUGGUCUGCGUGGGCGCGCUGGCCCCCUGUCUGCGCGCGCUGCUGUCCGUCGGUGCGGGCGCGGUGGCGAACACGGAUUCCGCUGGGGCGCACGUUGCCAAGCGGCGGAAGGUUCAGGGCGGAGGGUGGAGCAAGGGGCAGGGAAGUGAGCGCUCCACAGAUCCAGACGCCCGGGGUGGGGUGGGAGAUGGUGAUGCUGCCGCUGCUGCCGGCAGUGCUGCUGCAAGGCCGAAAGCGGUGAUCUUGCAGCCAGCGGACAGGGAAGGAGGAGGAGGAAGAGGAGGAGGAGGAGGAGGAGAAAGCAGGGGGGCGGAGGGGGAGAGGAGGCGGGCGGGCGAGGCCGAGGCGGGGGAAAGGGGGGGGAAAGAAGUGCUGGGUGUUGGGGGAGAGGAGGGUGAUCUUCUGAGAAGAGGCGCGGAAGCAGGGGGGCGGUGGGAGGGGGGGCGUAGUGGUACAGGAGCGUCGGUAGGCGGAGCAGCAGCCCUUGUAUCAGCCCCACCUGGUGGUGCUGCUGCUGGUGCGGCCUCAGGUGGCCUUUCUGCUGCUGCUGCUGCUGCUGCGCAGUUGAUGCCGCUCCCGUCGUCCCCUAGCUGUGUGGAAGUGGUACGGCGUGAAUUGGUUUGGGGCGGUGCUGAGCGGCGCGCACCUGCUGCUGCUGCUGCUGCUCCGUGCGACGCUGGCGCUGCUGGGGAACGGAGCAGGCAUGGGACAUGGAUAUUUGACAGAUAUAUCAAAGAAGAGACUGGGCACACGGAGCAAGGCGGCCGUAUGACUUCGCUGAAGAGUAGCAGAGACUUCGUUUUAGGCGGGCGCGCUACUGGUAGUGCUGCUGGGUGUGGGGGAGGCACAACAGCAGAUGGGAGAAGGGUGGGUGGUGGAGAAGGCGUGAGCAUCAACGGCCAGUGCCGGCCCUGGGACGCCGGGAUUCUUCCCCACCUUCCGCUACCUGCUCCCGAUGUCAUCCGCACUCCCCCUCUAGGCGCACCCCGUCCUCCUCCUAGUAUACCGCCUCCUCAUUCCAUUGCUCCUCCUCCUUCUCCUGCUCAUAGCGCAGCACCAGGAGCAGCCCCAGGAGCCGCACCAGCAAUGGCUCCAGAAGCAACAGCGUCAGCAGAAGCAGGGUUACCUGCAGCGCCUGCAGCUCCUCUUGUUGCAGGGGAAUCAGCAGCUUUAGCCGCCCUAGCUGCUGACCUGUGUAUUCCCCCCGUUGACCCUCCCCCUCAAUCCAGCUCCAUCCCUGCUCAUUCCCUCCUCGCUCCCCCCCUCUCACCUGCGGAACACAAGGCCAGCCAAGCCCUGUCUGCUGCUGCUGCAGCUGUUGCCGCUGCUACUGCGGCAGCAGAGGCAGCAGGAGAGGGGGCUAAAGCCGCAGGGCUAGCAGAGCACCAGUGCCCAGAGCUUGGGGGGCAAGACGCAAUGCGUCUGUUGAUAGAGCAGCGAAAAGACGCGCCACAGCAGGCGCAGGUUGAUACUGGCGAGUUAAUCGGUACUGGUGGGUUGAUCGGUACUGGUGCGUUAAUUGGUACCUCCCUGGUUGACGAUUUGCGAAGGAACGAGGUGGGUAGGGAGCGUGGGGAUAAGGCCGAGGAGGCGGGUGGGUUUGGGGAUGGGAAAUGGGAGGGGAGUGCAGUGGGGUGUCGGCCCCAGCAGUGGCAGGAGCGGCGGCAGUGGGAGGGGAGGGAGGGGGGCGGGCGUGUGAGGGCGGUACGGCAGCUGACAGAAGGUUCAGGGGUGAAUGGAACCGGGGCAAUGAGAGAUGUGGCGAUAGGAGGGGCGGGUGCUGCUGCUGCUACUUCCGGUGGUGCUGGUGGUGCUGGUGGUGCUGCGGGUGCGUCUGCUUCAGCUGGUACUGCUGGUGCUGCGGCUGGGGCUGCAGGGUCAGCCACAGGGAGGCAUGGCGAAGCAGGUUGGGAGCACAAGGUGGGUGCGUCGCUGAAUGGUGUGUGGGGUGGAGAGCAGAUUCCCCCUCCCUGGCCUCCUGCUGCCAACACCCCCCCGUGGCCCCCUGCUGCCAACAUCCCCCCGUGGCCUCCUGCUGCCAACACCCCCCCUUGGCCUCCCCCCGCCAAUCCCCCUUCAUGGCCAUUCGAAGGUGGUCCGCUCCACCCAUGGGCUCUUCAAAGCCAAUCUUCGCUGAAGGGGCAGGGGCAGGGGCAGGGGCAGGGGCAGGGGCAGGGACAGGGACAGGGAGAGUGGCUGGGAGGGAGGCAGGGGGAGAGGGAAGGAGAGAGUGAGGGUAAGAGGGAGGAAGAGACCGACGGGAAGAGGGAAGGGACGAGUGAUGGGCGAGUGAGUGAAGGAGGUGUGGGUGGAGAUGGGAGUGGAGUGCAGGACCCAUGGGGGGCGGCUACAGGGAGAGGGGUGGGUGCGGGGAAGGCAGGAGCAGGCACCCCUGCUUGGAUGAAGGGGGGAUCUUGGGGGGUGAGAGCAGAUGGAGGAGGGCAGAGGGCACAGGGCGCAGCAGGAGCAGCUGGAGAAGGCACUCCAGCUUGGAUGAAGGGAGGAUCUUGGGGGAUGAGAGCAGAGGGAGGAGGGCAGGGCGCACAGGGAACAGCAGCAGGAGGAGGAGCAGCUGGAGAAGGCACUCCAGCUUGGAUGAAGGGAGGAUCUUGGGGGAUGAGAGCAGAGGGAGGAGGGCAGGGGGCACAGGGAGCAGCAGCAGGAGGAGGAGCACCAAGUGCAGCAGGAGAAGGCAUUCCUGCUUGGAUGAAGGGAGGAACUUGGGGGGCGAGAGCAGAGGGAGGAGGGCAGGGGGCACAGGGAGCAGCAGCAGGAGGAGGAGCAGCAGGUGCAGCAGGAGCAGGGGGAGCCAUGCGAUGGGCACCUCCGAAGGGCGCUCUACCUGCAAGUCUACUAGCUCUGCUGGACGACCUUCCAGGGAUGCCGGCGCAGGGGGCACAGGGCAUGGGGAGUGAGUGGAAGAGCAGGGGAAUUGGGGAGAUGGGAGGGGGUAAGGGGGCAGAGGAGGGGUUUAAGGAGGGGGCAGUGGGUUUUGAGAAACAGGAUCGUGGUUUGGUUGUGCCUCUGGGGUUAGAGAAGGCUAAUAGGGGAGGAGGGCAAUGGGGUGGGAGGGCGGGGAGGAGUAGAGGUGAUGAGACGCGGAGUGAGGAGGGGAGUGUAAGGCUGAGGGGUGGAAGGGAGGGGAGUGCGAGGGAUGAAACCCAAGUGGACGAGAAUUUCAAAGCAGGAGUGCUGCUCGGUUCAGAGCGGUUAGGAGGGGCGCCUGAAGGGGUGGGGGGAGCGAUGGUCCAAGCAGGGAGGGUGGGGGAAGACGAGAGACAAGGGGGGGAUGCCAGCAGAAGACGACUGGGAGAGGAGAAGGAGGCGGGGGUAGGGGGGAGGCAGGCGGAUCAGGAGGGGUCGGAUUGGGAUUCGGGAUCGGAUUGGGAGGGCGGAGACGGAGGGGGUGGUUCGGCUGGAAUGGCUGUGGGCGGUGGAGUGGGAGAAAGUGGCAGAGCGCCAGGACUGGAGGGGUUACUGGUGAAGGUGGAUGCGCUAGGAGGGCCCCAAAGCUGGGGAGAAGCCGGAGAUGCAGGGCGAGGAGGAAGGGCGGUAGCAGCAGCAGCAGCAGCCGCAGCAGCGGGGGAAGCAGCGGUGCGGGAGGCAGCAGCAGCGGUGGUGGAUGGGGACACCAGCAACGCGCACUUCCACCUGCCGCAGUCGGUGCUGUCAGCCGUGGGCUGCGCGCUGCAGUCGGACAUCACCAUUGCUGCUGUGCUUCAGAGCGACAACCGCAUUGCGGAGACCGUUCUGUGCCACCCCCCCGGGCUUGUGUCCCUGCCAGUGCGCCUCACAAAGACCAUUCUUAACAUGUCGCAGGGCAAGCUGAUAGACACGGAUCGUCUUCUCCUGCCCAGUGUCAUCACGGCUGCGCUCGGUGCUCGCCCCCGCAGAUACCUCGCCACCUCCUUCCAUGCCGAGGGCUACGACGGGCUGUGCUAUGCGCUGUGGACGGACCCUUCCCGGGUGCCGCGUGCAGCAGAGGACAUCAUGUCGGACGCUGUGCAGGCGCUGCCCUUGCUGCUGGCCAACCGCGUGCGCGCCAUGUGCUGCGAGCGCAUGGGGCGGCGCUUCGACGCCAUCCUGGCACGCAUGCCGCAGGCCGUGGUGUUUGUGGACGAUGGCAUGGGCCCCUGCCUCAUCAACCCCGCUGCCGCUGACCUUCUGGACUUGCCAGGCCCUGGGAAGAUCAGUUCCACCAAAGUGGCGGCAGCUUUCAAGGCGCUCGUGCAACGCAGCUCCACACCCACUGAGAUCUUCCGUUGGCUGCGCACGGUGUCAGCCUUCCCGCACGAUAGCGUGGAGGCGGUGUGGCACGUGCAGGAGCCGUGGUGCGUGGUGCGCGUGCAGUCGUACCCGGUGAGCAACGAGGCCACGCACGGCCGUGUGUGGCUGUUUGACGACGUCACCGCGGAGCACGAGGCGAGGGUGGCAGUGGAGGAGGCCGACAAGGCCAAGGCGCAGUUCCUCGCCAUGAUGAGCCACGAGCUCAGAACGCCCAUGACAGGCGUGCUGGGAAUGCUGGACCUGCUGCGGCUGACCCCGCUGACGGGCGAGCAGAACGGGCUGGUGCGCGUGAUGCAGGGGUCGGCGGAGGGCCUGAUGCAGGUGCUCAACGAGAUCCUCGACUUCUCCAAGAUCGAGUCCGGCAACUUCUCCCUCGAAGAGGCCGACUUCUCCGUCUCAGAGCUCCUAGACCAGGUGGCGGCUCUGUUCCGAGGGCGAGUGGAGGAGCGGCAUCUGUGGCUCACCAUGCACAAGCCGCAUGUCAGGGAGCAGGCAGUCAGGGGCGACCCCAACCGCCUGCGACAGGUGCUUACGAAUCUGGUGAGCAACGCCAUCAAAUUCACGGAGCAAGGCGGCGUCACCAUCACCUGGAAACGGACGCUGCUCCCCCGCUCCGCCUCCACCGCCUCUCUCCGCCUCGCCGCCUCUCCUGGUGCCACGCUCGCCCCCACGGACCCCACGGCGCUCGCUGCUCCUGGGACAGCCACAGGAGCAGGAGGAGCAGGCGGAGGCAUGGGGGAAGGAGGAGCAGGAGCAGGGGCGGGAGGAGGAGCAGGAGCAGGGGCGGGAGAAGGGGUAGGAGCAGGGGCAGGAGCGGCAGCAGACGGAGGAGGAGGGCGUGGAAGCAGCCCUACUGCAGGCGUGGUGGGGCACAGGAUGGGAGGCAUGGGAGGCAUGGGGCGGCAGCAUCAGCAGCGCAAGGAGCAGCAAGGCACGAGCAUGGCGAGGAGUAUCAGCGGGCGGGACAAGCACCUUCCCACAAGGAAGACCAUGGCCGCGGGAGGGGGUCAGCCCGGGGCGUUUGCAGCGGCUGCUGCGGCGGUGGCAGCGCAGGCAGAGGCUGAGACUAACGCAGCGGCGGCUGCAGCGGUGACAGCAGCAGGAGGAGGGGAAGGAGGGGCAGGAGGGGGAGGAGGGGCAGGAUGGGGGGCAGGAGCAGCAGGAGCAGCAGUAGCAGCAGGAGGAAGUAUGGCUGGGCGAUUAGAGGCAGUUAGCGAGGGGAGGGAAGAUUCUGCAGAAGAGGGGAGCAUGGCAAGGCCUGUGGACCCAUCGCUCGGCCAAACAGCGUCUGCUGGUGCUGCUGGUGCUGCUGGUGCUGCGGGCACGAGAGGACAUUGUAUGGAAGAAGCCACUUUAAAGGCAGAAGAAGCCGGAGUUAGAACAGCUUCAGGAGCCAACACGACUGCUGCUGGUGAUGGUGGCAGUGGUACUGCUGCUUCUGUUCCUUCUGCUGCCGCAGUUGCUGCUGCUGUUGCCACUCAUGCGGCUCAAAAGUCGCCUCAUGCUGAUUCGCCAGCAGCCAUCACAGGCACAGGCUCCUCCCCAUCCUCCCGGCCUUCAUCCCCUUUGUUUAUUGACGAUUUGGCGCAGGAAAGAGGCCUGCGGAUCAACGUGGCAAGGCAACCUGUACAGAAACCAGCCUCUGCCAGCAGCACUCCUGGCCGCCUGCACUCGUCCCCGUUCGCCAACCCCUCCUCCGCCACCUUCCCCUCCAACCGAUCGCCACUAGCGGCUUUCUCGCUCACUCCCUCACACCUUUCCAGACCGCAUCGUACCCCCACUCGUUCCCCUGGAAGCACCCCGUCCCCCACAAACAUGUUCUCUGUGAGGCGGCGCUUCCCCUCGCACUCCUCUCUCCCUGCCAGGUCCCCGAGCUCUUCUCCUUUUGCCCUCGUCUCCUCACCUCCUGUAGAGAAUGCCAGGGGGGAGCAGGAGGGGCAGGGGGAGAGGGACGAGGAGGUGGGGUUGAGUGGGUGGUUGAGAGGAGGGAGGGAGGCGGAGGGGCAUGGGGAGGUGAUUUCUGCUAGGGAGGGAGGCAUGGGUGGUGGUGGGAGGGGAGGCAAGAGAGGGAGAGGUAAUGCUAGGGUGCAAUUUGAGGAGGUGGAUGAGGAGACACACGAGGAGACAGGUGAGGAGGAGGAGGAGGAGGAGGAGGAGGAGAAGGAGGAGGAGGAGGAGGAGGAGGAGGAGGAGGAGGAGGAGGAGGAGGAGGAGGAGGAGGAGGAGGAGGAGGAGGAGAAGGAGGAGGGGGAGGAGGAGGAGGAGGAGGAGGCGAGAGGGGAUGGGUCUGACGAGCAUAGCAUGGGUGAAGGGGCUCGGAUGAGCGAGGGAGAUGGAGAGAGAGAGGAAGAAGAGGAGGAGGAGGAGGAGGAGGAGGAGGAGGAAGAAGAAGUGGAGGAAGAGGAGGAUGGGGAUGAGGAGGAGCGGGAGGAGGAUGAGGAGGAGGAGGAGAAGGAGGAGGAGGAUGAGGAUGCAGAGAGGGGAGAAGAGGACGAGGAGGACAAAGGGGGGAAAGAUGAGGAAGUGCAGGGGAAUGAGGAGGAGGAUCGGCGACCCCGGUUGUGGUACGAGGUGCGAGUGAAGGACACAGGCAUCGGGCUCUCCCCGGAGCAGCAGAGCCGCCUCUUCAAGUCCUUCUCCCAAGCCGACACGUCCACAACCCGCAAGUUCGGAGGCACGGGCUUGGGCCUAGCCAUCUGCAAGGGGCUGGUGAACGCCAUGGGAGGGGAGAUAUGGAUCGAGAGCGAGGUGGGCAAGGGCGCAGCGUUUGUGUUCACGGUGCCGCUGCUGGCGCCGCAGCGGCCGGAUAAGUUCCGAGUGGAAGAGGGCGGGGGGAUGGGGACGGUGGAUGGGGAGGCAGGGGGGAGCGCACUGCGGUCGCAGAUAGGCGGUGCAGGAGGGAGUGGGCUGCACGUGCUGGUGGCUGAGGACAAUGCAGUGAACCAGAUGCUGAUAAAGAAGAUGCUCAGACACUACGGGCAUAAGGUAAAUGGUGUAGGGCAGAGGAUAGAGGAAAACGUGUGUGUAUGCUGUGAGUGCGGAGUAUGUAGAAAGCCAUGUAGAAAGCCCUCCUUUGUGUCACAUUCACUCACUUUCUUCCUGCAACCAUCCAUCUGUCCCCCGACCCUCCUUCCUCCCUAUCCCUCCCCUGCAUUGCCAACUUCCUUUCCCGUGCUCCUUGUACAUCGUCUCUCUCCCUUUCGCUCUCCCUCAUCCUCGCAUCCAUCCCCUUCAACUCCCUCCCCUCCCCUCUUCUCCGCCCUCCCUCCUCUCCACUCCCCUCCUCUCCUCUCCUCCCUUCUCCUCUCCUUCCCUCCCCCCUCCUCUCCUCUCCCCUCCUCUCCUCUCCUCCCCUCUCUGCCCCUCUCCGCCCCUCUCCCUUCCCUUCUCGACGUACAGGUUGACGUGGUUGCGAAUGGCAAGCUGGCAGUGGAGGCCCUUCAGCGAGUGAACGGGCACCUGACAGGGAGAGAGGGUGGACCAAGUCAGGGAGUGGGAGGCACGGGAGAAGAGGGGGGGCAACGAGGAGGAGAAGGAGCUUUGACACCGGCCGCUGCACCGCCACGCUCCCUCGUAUCUGCUUCUUUCGAUGCCUCUGAUUCGCCUGCCUCUGCCACUGGUGCAGCAGUGCAAGCCAGUGCAGGAGCAGGAGGCACCGCCGCGAUGGGCGGAUAUGAUAUGAUUCUUAUGGAUCUGCAGAUGCCGGUAAUGGAUGGGCUCACGGCCACUCGGACAAUUCGUGGUCUACCCCCGCCUCUCUGCCGAACUCCCAUCUUCGCCCUGACUGCUGAUGUCCUCACGCAAGCUUCAGGGUCUUUGGAGGAGAUGGGUCUGGAUGGAUACCUGACAAAGCCUAUAGACUGGACUAGCCUCUCCAAGGUCAUUCAGCAAGUAGCGUUAGCUAGGCUGCAACCAGACAUUAUUGCUGCUGCAGCUUUAUUGGAGCGCGAGGAGCGGGAGGAGUUGAAGGGCAAGAAAGGAGACUGAUGGCUCGUGAUUUAUACGAUUGCAGGAUAGGCCACUUAGCACUGGCGUGUACAUGAUUGUGUCCUUUUUUUGCAAAUGCAGGUUUAGGGCAUGUCACAUUUUUCGCAAACACCACUCAGGGUCGGUCGACCAUUCAGAGAGGUUGAAAGCGUUUUAGUGAUGUUCUGUGCGUUUUAUUACCCUAUG